GUCAGCAACUAAGGUAUAUAAGACCAGAGCUCUCGCGCUCUCAUUCUCUGUGCAGCCUUGACUUCAGCGAUGGCCUCCAUCCACGAGUCGGUCACCGCGCUCAGCGCUCUUGCUGCUGAUCUGGACAUCUACAAGUCGACCAUCACUUGUGUCGCGGUAGGCGCUGCUGUGGCAUUCUAUCGCUCUUUGUGCGCUCCGGUAGAUACCAUCCCAGGUCCUCCUCGCCCGUCACUGCGACACUGGCUGCUUGGACAUAUCACUGAGCUUCUAGCAGAGGAGCGAAGUCCUACCGACGCCCUCGAUAGGUGGUUCCGCCAGUAUGGCCACGUCCUCCGUAUCUAUGGCACGGCUGGAACCACCCGCAUCCUGACCACCGACCCUCGUGCGUUGCACCAUAUCGUUACUCGUGACGAAGUCUACCACAAGCCUGAGGAGGCGCGUUUCGGACUCGCGCGCGUUCUUGGCGACGGUGUCCUCGUCACUGAGGGCGAGAAGCAUCGGCAGCAGAGGAAGAUCAUGAACCCAGCCUUCGGUCCUUCUCAAAUCCGCGAGCUGACACCAGUGUUCUUGUAUUUGGCGGAGAAACUGCGCGACAGAUGGACGCGCUCCCUGUCAGAUGAAGGAGGACAAGCUCGUCUCAACGUCCUAGGGGAGCUUUCUCUCAUGACGCUUGAUGUCAUCGGCAGAGCAGGCUUUGGCUACGAUUUUAACGCCCUCGACGGCGAGGCUGAAUCAAACGAGCUCAGUCGCGCAUUCGCCACGCUCAUCGGUGGUCCGCGGAAGCAGAGCUCUUGGCUCGAGCGCGCAGGAAGUCUCUUGCGAGACCUCCAACCCAUCUUUCCAGCGCUACGCUUUUGGCCUGCUCCCGGAGAUGAGGCUUUGCGCACGGCUCGGGCGACGAUGGAUAGGAUUGGACGUCAGCUACUUUCGGAGGCGAAGGCAAAAGCGCUGGUCGGCUGGAAAGAUGAAGAAGGAGAGAGAAGACCCCGCGACUUGCUCUCCUUUCUCGUGCGCGCCAAUCUAGCCGAGUCGGCGAAGGAGAGGAUGUCAGAUGAGGACGUGCUCGCGCAGGUCCCUACUUUCCUCGUAGCCGGGCACGAAACCACUGCAACGGCCACGACAUGGGCGAUCUACCACCUCACGCAAGAUCUCGCUAUACAGAACCGCCUGCGCGAUGAGCUACACGCUCUCGACAACGAUGCGCCCAGCCUCGACGAGCUCAACUCGCUGCCCUAUCUUGAUAUGUUCGUCAAGGAGGUGUUGCGCUUCUAUGCGCCCGUACCGUGGACGGCGCGUGUGGCAACGAGGGACGAUGUGGUGCCGCUAGCGAGGCCGUAUACGUAUACGAAGGGGCGGGAGCAUGAGCAGAUCGUGGUGAGAAAAGGCCAGCAAUUCAUGCUCUCGAUACAUAACCUGCACCGAGCGAAGGAGAUUUGGGGCGACGAUGCGGACCAGUUUCGACCAGAACGCUGGGAGACUCUUCCUGACACAGUGAAGAGCGUCCCGUCAGUCUGGAAUCAUCUCUUCACCUUCUCUGGCGGUCCGCACGCGUGCAUCGGAUUCAGGUUUUCGAUUGCAGAGAUUAAGGCGAUCCUAUUCGUCCUUGUCCGCUCGUUCGAAUUCGAGCUUGCCGUCGACCCUAGCGACAUCAAAGUCCGCACUGCUGCAGUACAGCGUCCGGCACUCAAGAGCGAGCCGGAGGGUUCAGCGCAGCUGCCGGUCUUCGUCAGGCUGGCUUCCUGAAAUGGAGUAUGUAGGAAGAAAUGAGUAGCAUUGCGGGAAUGAGAUUGGAUUGCGCGCCAGGUCGUGAAACCUGACGGUCUUCCAGCAUUCACGGCCAUUGCCGAAAGUUCAAC